CGGGGAACGUGCGUUUAGGCGAGGACGAUCUCUCGUCUCUCGUGGUCGUGGUUCUUCGUGGAGGCUCUAUGGCCGUAUGCCGUAUGGCUGUGCAAUCUGUAGUCUCUGUAGUCUGUAGUAAAAUCCAGUCACCACAGCACGACUGAGCACAACUUGGCAGGCACAGCCAGUCAACCCACGGGCGUAGAUGUAGAAACAUGUCAUUUAUCGUUCCCGUAAACUCACUCCACUAAACAAAUUUCUCUCUACAUUAUAUUAAAUUAAUAAUUAUUAUUUAAAUAAUAAAUAAUUAAAACCUCAUACUUAACUUCAAGACUGAAAUAUUUACAACAUCAAUACUCAUUAUAUUUUGUAUAUUUAAAAUUCUGUUGACGUUAACCCAUAGGAUAAACAAUCUAGUGAUUAAUAUUAAUUAUAAAAAUAUAUAAUAAUUAAGUGUGAACGGGUUUUUUUUUUAAAAUAAGUGCAGUGUCAAACGUGAUUUUAAAUCGUGACAUCAAAGUGUUUACUUUUUUAAAUUGUGGAUAUAAAAUAAUACAAUUUAAAAAAAAAAAAUUGCAUUGGAUAUUUUGGAUAAAUAUAAAUAUUUGUGAUAAUAAUAUUAUUUAAAUACGUAAUGUAUUAAAUAUUUAAAUAAAAAUAUAUAAAUAAGUGUGUAACAUAACAGUGACGACAGUUUGAGCGUCUUAUGAGGGUCCCAUGGCUACCGGAUUGGUCAAGUGGUGGCGAACACGAUUUCUCGCUGGCUAUAAGCCUUUUUCCGUUGUCGGUGGAAUUGCUGAAGGAAGUGACUCUGAAGAAUUAUUAUCAGCAAGUGUACCAUCAGAUUUAAACAGCACAUCAUUGCCACCAUCAGCAACAUUAAAUACUGCAACAUCAACGUCAUCACUAGUAUCAGUAUCGGUACCAGUUAUUGUACCGGAAACGUUAUUACCAGAACCUUUAAUACCGGAAAUUCUGCCACCAUCAUCAUCCGCAAGAGUAUCACCGGUUAUUAUUAAUAAUACUAUUCCAUCAACAUCAGCAUCAGCAUCAGCACCAACAACAACAGCAACAACAACUACUCCAGCAGUUGUAUCUAGUACGACAAAUAAUGAUGAACAACCGGCUGUGUCAAAUACAAGGCAAUUUAGCUUUGAGGAAUUCGAGUGUGAUGUAUCUGUUGCGGAGGAUAACAGAAGACGACAAGAAUUUUCUUUUACUCUUUAUGACUUUGAUGGACACGGCAAGAUAACUAAAGACGAUAUAGCUGGACUUGUAACUUCCAUUUACGAUACUCUCGGUACGUCAAUUGAAGUACCACCAUGCGGUAGUAAAACGAUAAAAGUUAAACUCACUGUAUCGCCGGAUAAAAAUGUAGACGAGGGUGUUGGUGGUGUUAGUAAUAGUGGUGGUGGAAUUGAUCCUGGUACUGGUGAAGCUCAAACUCCUGCUGUUAAAAAAACCCCAACAGUACUAAUACCAACAACUAGUGUUGUUAACGCAAGUACGUCAUGCUGUCACAUCAAACCCGUCAAAUCGUGCAGUCACGCGACACAUGCCAACCGUAGGGUUCCAAGAAGACGUAGAAUUCUACGUAAUCGUGCACAGACAGAAUUAAUUGCCGAGUGGCAUAGUGAAGAAGAUGUUGAUAAUGUUCCAGGAAAUAUUUCUAAGCAAGAAGAAUUACGUAGACGUGUAGGUGGUGGAUCUGUUCAUGUACCAACACCUUAUUCAAAUAGUUCCGAAGGUGAUGUCAGUGAUGACAGUGAUUUUUCACCAACAGUAACACCAUUUACACCAUUAGUUACAACGAAUCACCGUAAACGUAGUGGUUCAAUGCAACGACAACAAUUACUUGAAAUAAUUCAAGCAAAUAUGGAGAAGAAUAAUCUCAGUUUUCAUGCAUCUAGGAAACGACAUCAAAGUGAACACCUCCGCGUACCUCUUCAACGUCCUUAUGCUGCUGUCUCACCAAUGAGCCCAAUGUAUGUACAAACCAGCAGUAGACCACCGUCUGCGAGUCGUCAACCUCCUCCGGCCUAUCACAAACCGGUUAGAGAGUACUCACAUCAUCAUGCCACGUCUCUUUCUAAACUACCUGCCAAAGCUCGAGAUAAUCAGCGGAAAAUACAAAAUCAUAAUUCACAUACGACGACAAAUUUUAGUAGUAGUAUUGAUACUAAUAUAACAGUACCAACAACAAUUACAGCAGCGACAACACCAACUCAUCAACAUCAACAUCAGCAUCAACAGCCAAAUUCUAAUUCUAAUAAACAUCAUUAUCGUAAUAAUUUACAGUCAACGAUAAUGACAACACCGACGACUGCUAACACAGUAGUUGGGCAUAAUAUAUUUAAUACUGAGUCAAUACAAAAAAAUCACAUAAAUAAUCAACGUAAUAAUGAUCAUGCUCAUCAUAAUUAUGUACAGUCAUUGAAACAGCAAAAGGCAUCUGUCAAUAAUAAUAAUAAUAAUAGUAGUAGUAAGGCUAGUAAAAAACAUCAAUUAAAACAUGCAACACGUGAACAAGAGCAAGCACGAGCAAUGCAACAAGUUGUACGUUGGUUAGAACAAGAAUUUUCAUCACAAAAUCCUGAUAAUGAUACUAAUAAUACUGGACGUAGGCAUGUACAUGAACACAUUCAUCAUCACUAUCAUCAUUAUCAUGCUGAUCCAGUAGUCUGAUAAUUAAAUAAAUAUUUUUUUCUACCAAAAUAAUUCUUUAUUAAUUUAUAUAUUAAUGUAAAUAGACUGAUUUAAAGGCCUAUUUGUUGUGACAAUGCUUCGAAAAUGAAAAAAAACAAUCAUGCAAUUUAUAUUUAAAUUUUUAUUUUGAACGAGGUAAAAGCCCCUAUACCCGCUCAGUACCAUUAGUCGCGUUUUUUAUGUUUUCUGAAAAAAAUUUCAACUAAAAAAAUUAUUAUUGGUAAAUAAUUAUUUGUGAAUCUAAAUAUGGUUACGUAACAAAUGAUCCAAAGACAUAUGAUCCGCGACAAUUGAUCCUUGCGACGAUUGAUCCGUCGAUAAAAUGCGUGUAACAUGAAAAAUUACGCCUUUUUUUCACUAAUUUUGUGUGCGUGUAACAUAAAAAAUAUACUCACACACAAAUUAGUGAAAAAAGGGUGUAAUUUUUCAUGUUACACGCAUUUUAUCGACGGAUCAAUCGUCGCAAGGAUCAAUUGUCCUCGGAUCAUCGGUCGUGUCACCUCUAAAUAUAUAUCAAAAUAUGAUGUAUUAAAUUAUUUUAUAAUAGAGUAUAAAUUUAAAUCAAGUGACUGUUUUAAAAAUCGCGCUCAACCGGGCAUUUUAUACUUCCAUUCGUUAGAUUAAAUUCAGGUUACAUCAAAUUUUUUAAGAAUUAUUAUUAUAUCUUAUUAAAUAUACUUUUAAAAUUCAUUAAAUUUUAUAUUAUGAUUAAUUGAUAGUCUUUGAGCGGCUAUAGGGCCAUGUGCUGGUCGAGUAAUGGUACAUCACAACUUUUAGUGAGCGACUAUGGGUACACUCAAGGAUCUUAUUUAAAAAAUUGAUAAUAAUUAAUUAUCAACAUUAUUCUUCAAACUUAAAUUUUAUUCUAAUACUUAAAAUUACAAAAAAUGACUAAAAAAAAAAAAAUGGUUCUUCAUUUUAUUUAUUAAUUAAUAUUGAGUGAUUUAAUCUCACUCCAAUGAAAAGUGAGCGGGUAGAGGGGCUUUAUCUUACGGGAAAAAUAUUAUGUCCUUGUACGACUUGAAUUAAAAUUUUUUAUUUUGUAAUGAGUAGCAAAAUUAUGAUUGAAUGAAAAAAAAAAAAAUUAGGUGUAGAUAAAAAUUUUUCUAGUAAGUCAAUUUGAUAUAUUGACUGAUUUUUUUUUUUUUUUUUAUAAUAUUUUUUAUGUAAUUGUGUGUUCGAUUAAUGUAUACAAUAUAUUAUUGUAAUUAAACAGGAUGGUCCUGUUUAUUUGUGCGUCCGACAUUGUGACAAUAUUUUUCUAUUAGUCUCAAAACAGAGUAUUAAUAAAUAUAUAAAUAUAUAUAUAUAUAAAU